CUGCCUGUAUACCAGCAUAAUCUUCUACCUUCUUUACCCAUUGCAAGCUUUCCUAUUACCAUGUCCAAGCUCACAGACUUCAAAUUGCUGUGUUUUGACGUAUACGGCACCCUCAUUGAUUGGGAAACGGGCAUCAUCGCAGCUUUGCAACCACUCAUCGCCGCCAACAACGCCAGCCCCAGCAAGCAUGAGCUCAUGGAAGCCAUCCACAAGGCCGAGGCCAAGCAGCAGGCAGAGACCCCGACGAUGAAGUAUGGGGACCUGCUAGCCGCCAUCCACCCGCAGGUGGCACGGAACCUCGGCUUCUCCGUGCUUCCUACCGAGGCGGAAUCCCGCACGUUCGGCGAGAGCGUGGGCACCUGGCCCGCUUUCCCCGACACGGUGGACGCGCUGAGGCGCCUCAGCAGGCGCUACAAGCUCGUGGUGCUGUCCAACGUCGACCAAGUGGGCAUCCGCGGCAGCGUCUCGGGCCCGAUGGAGGGGUUCGAGUUCGACGCGAUACUGACGGCCGAGGAGAUCGGGUCGUACAAGCCCGACCUGCGCAAUUUUGAGUACAUGCUGCGCAGGGUCGAGGAGCAAUUCGGAGUGACCAAGGACCAGGUGCUGCAGACGGCGCAGAGCCAGUUUCACGACCACCACCCGGCCAAGGAGAUGGGCAUCAAGAGCGCGUGGAUCGCGAGGUACGGCGCCGUCAUGGGAAACCUGGAGACGUUAAAGUAUGAUUGGAAGUUUGCGACUCUGGGAGAGAUGGCGGAUGCGGUCGAGGCGGAGACGGGGGCGUAGAAGGGCGAGCGGGAUGCUUUUGUGCCUGUGGUUCUAUCUGGUACAGUGCGUUGAGUAAGCAAUGGUCUCACCUGUAAGUACCUAGGUACAUAUCAAGAUAUGUACGUCCUGGAGGAAGUCACGCACCUCUCCCUAGUGGUAUGGGAUUGGUCAAUAAAGUCUUCCGCGCGGGGGGCGGGCCUAGAUCCCUUACUUCAGCCCUAUAAUUCUCGCCAACGGUUCUCAGAAUUUGGCCUUGCGAUAUUGCCAAUUCCCAGCUGUGUGAGGGUUUGAGCAAGCUUGUUUGGAAGCUUUACUGGUUUUGGUUAAAGUCCGAAAGUUCACAGAGCCAACAGAUCUCAGCCGCACCAAGGUGUGCCCCCUGAGCUGAGUGCCAAGACUAUACCAACUCGAAGCGUGAUGAUGCCUAAACAACCA